AUCUAUGUAGAUACAUGCACAACUCCACGAUAAAUCGUCGAAAUAAACAAAAUUUAACGAAUUGAAAACUCUAAUUGAGGCCUUGUUCGUGAAGCAAUUAAGAUGGAGAUAAUUUACGAGCCUCACAUCCACGGGGAGAUUGAAUCGCUCAUAGAAAGAAUCUAUCCACCCAGGGUUUGUAUAGACAACGAUUCCAGCAGAGAAUGCACAGUGGUGAAGAUUGAUAGCGCCAACAGGCAUGGGAUAUUAUUGGAGAUGGUCCAGGUGUUGACAGAUCUUGAUCUCGUCAUUUCCAAAUCAUACAUUUCUUCCGACGGUGGAUGGCUAAUGGAUGUGUUCCACGUGACGGACCAGGAUGGAAACAAGCUUACGGACGUAGGGCUCGUUCAUUACAUUCAACAGGCACUGUGCGAGUCUAGAAGCAGCAACAAAGAAAUUUCAAGUGACAUAGAGCUAACAAGCUGCAACGAACCACCACGAGUGGUGAACUUAGCAAUAGAGUUGACCACAACGGACAAGCAUGGCAUGUUCUCGGAGAUAUCAGCGGUUCUAUUGGGCCUGGGCUUCAACGUCACCUCUGCCACGGCCUGGACCCACAAUGACAGGGUGGCCUGCAUAAUCCACCUCGAGGACGCAAACAAACUCGGGCCCAUUAACGCAGAACGUCUGGCCCAGGUCCAGGCCCAGCUCCAGAACGUAGUGAAGGCCCGUGAUGGGAAGAACGGGGAAGACGAUAGAGUGAGGUUGAGGCUGAGGAGCUUCGGCGGCGGGCGCAACCAGACCGAGCGGCGGCUCCACCAGAUGAUGUACGCCGACGGGGACUACGAGAGGUUGCGUGCGUGCCACGGAGAGAAGGGGUGUGAGGGGACAAACGUGUCCGUGGGAAGAUACGAAGUGAAGGGGUACUGGGUGGUGAACGUGAGGAGCAGGGAUCGCCCUAAACUUUUCUUUGAUACUGUGUGCGUGCUCACCGACAUGCAGUACGAGGUGUUUCAUGCGGCUAUUAGCUCCAAUGGCUCCAUGGCUGACCAGGAGUACUUCCUAAGACCCAAAGGCAGUUCAAAUUUGGACAAUGAAAACGAGAAGGAAAAACUCAGCCUAUGUUUAAUCGCAGCCAUAGAACGCAGAGUCUCACAUGUAUGUCCCAUGAGCCUCCCUACCAAGGGAUUGAAGGUAGACAUUCGCGCUGAAAACACAACGGGACUACUAUCAAAGGUGACACGUGUGAUUCGUGAGAAUGGACUAUCCAUAACCAAGGUUCAGAUAGGAGUAGAGGGUGAUGAGAUGGCCGUAGGAUCAUUCCAUGUUGCAAAUUCUUCAGGUCAAGAAGUGAACCCAAAUAUAGCAGAGUUGGUGAGAAGACAAAUUGGUGGGUCUGUAGUUGCAAAUAACAAUUCGCCCUACAGGGUCCCUAAAUCCUUAUCAACCAGUAAAACCAUGCAGGAAACCAAGAGUAGCAGAGACGUUAGACCAAGGUUUUCUACUGGAAGCAUGCUAUGGUCUCAGAUUAAGUGCCUUUCCAAUAAUUUCCGUCCCAUUAGGUCUCAUAUGCUUUAAUCCACAGUUCCUCGAGAAAUAAGGACUGUACAUAUUUAGAAUAAAAUAUCUUUAUUUAAUAUCUUAAUCUUUGACACUUACACCAAUAGUGGAUAUUUUUUAUAUUAUUAUUAGCGGAUAUUAAAUAAGAAUAUAUUUAAAAAAUGCAUUAAUUA